CACGAUGUCCGACGGUGGAUCUGUGCCUGGCAGCGCGUGGUUCUACCAGCCCUCGUUUGCAACACCAAUGAUGUAUGCCGGGAACUAUGCAUUGAUAGGGGCAUACCACCUUCACCGAUGCAUGUCAGUUCUAAGGUUCGAACGUUUUUGUAGCUUCAUUUCGCUGACACUACGCUCCAGCCGCUUCAAUUGGUCUUGGGUAAACUGCUGCUUUUUCGUGAGCUGCGUCCUCUACUUCCAAGGGUAUAUGGUCCGUCAAGUAGCCAGGUACCUCCUGUGCUACAACAACGUCUAUGCCUACCUUGCGAGCACUCUCCCGAUCGACUUGGCUGCUCCCAUCCUCAUUGUAGCUAACUGCUGCAUCCUCGCCGGCACCUUCUCCUACGUCCCCCACCUCUCCCCGAUCCACCCGGACCGCAUGGUUCCUGUCCUCGGCACGCUCACCGCCGUUGUCGAGACCAUCCGUGUCUACCUGACCCUCCGCGCGCCCUCCAACCCGUCCUACUACGCCCCGCACAGCUUGGAACUCACACGCGCCUCCCUUGCUCUGCAACUCAGCGCCAUCACACUCUUUUACCUGCUCGCUGCGCGCUUCCACUACCGUGUUGUCCAAAGCGUCCGUGUCCCGUACUACAAUCGGGUGCGCGCUGUGCUGCGUACCCUGUAUGUCUCCAUGCUGCUAAUCCUGGUGCGAACGCUGUACCGCAGCGCCGCGCACUUCGGGGGGGCGGAUGCGUAUGCGUUGUUAGUCCUCAGCAGCGGGAGUGCGGCGGAGCAGCCAGAGAGUCUGUGGCAGGAGUUAUUCCUUUUUCUGUUUGAGGCCGGUGCAAUGAUGUUUAAUGUGAUAAUGUGGUAUCUCAGGCAUCCGAAGGACUUUUUGCCGCCGCCUGGGUGUGGGAGGUAUCUGGCGCCGGAUGGGAAGACGGAGGUGGAUGGGUCUGUGGAGGGGGCGGCAGAGAAGCGGAAGAUGUGACACGCUAGGUCCCUUCAGGGUAGGCAGGUACCUAUGUAGCUAUUUGGGGACCGGGAAGGAAGAGAGAGGCGGUAUGGGAAAGAUAAAUCCAGCCUAUGGGGGUGAACUUGGAACAAAGCAAUUCUCUCAGGGUAUGCGUUUCAACGACAGUUGCGAGUGAGGUAAAGUAGGGAUAUUAGCCUGAGGUUCAGCCUGUACCGUCUCGAGAUCCCAACAGCUUUGCCAGCGAUCUUGUUCUAGUAGAUAUAUCGGAAGCCCGGGGUUUCCCGAUCCGUCAGGUCCG